AAAAUUUAAGUAGGGACUCUUCUGUGAGUUCCAAAAACCUCUUUCUAAAACUCGACCGCCAUGGACAUGGAGAUCGAUCCCCCAAACACGAAACCUGAGGUAGUGAUCAAAGAUGACGAUCUCUUCAAAGCUGCUGAGUCCGGCGACGCCUCCACCUUCAAAUCACUCUCUCAGAACCAGCUCUCCAAAGCUCUCUCUCUCCGAAACGAGGACGGCCGCUCCCUCCUCCACGUCGCCGUCUCUUCUUCUCAUUCCGAGGUGGUGAAGGUACUAUCAGCAAUCGAUGAAUCAGCAAGUGUGAUAAACAGUGCAGAUGAAGAAGGGUGGGCCCCGCUUCAUUCUGCGGCGAGCAUUGGGAAUUUGGAAAUGGUGGAAGUUUUGUUAAGCAGAGGAGCUGAUAUUAAUAUGAAAACUGAUGGUGGUCGCACUGCCCUUCACUAUGCUGCCAGUAAGGGAUGGAUGAAGAUUGCUGAAAUUUUGAUCUCUCAAGGGGCAAAGAUUAAUCUGAAGGACAAGGUUGGUUGCACCCCAUUGCAUCGGGCAGCUAGCACAGGGAACUCAGAAGUGUGUGAACUUUUAAUUGAGGAAGGAGCAGAGGUUGAUGCUGUGGACAAAGCUGGUCAAACUCCUCUUAUGAAUGCAGUUAUUUGCUAUGACAAAGAGGUAGCUCUACUUUUAAUAAGGCAUGGAGCAGAUGUUGAUGUGGAAGACAAGGAAGGAUACACUGUGCUUGGUCGAGCUUCAGCUGAUUUUAGGCCUAUUCUAAUUGACGCUGCCAAGGCCAUGCUAGAAGGAUAAACUUCAGAAUAAUUAGCAGAUUAGAAGGGGGAAUCCUUAGGUGAGGCUGAAGUGUGCUUUGUUGAAGAAUUGUACUGUGAUUAAAUUCCUAUUAAGUCAUGCAAAAAGUGUGAAAUUCACUGUACAGACAUGUAAACAAUCAUCAUCAUAGUCAUCAAGAGCCUAUAGAGACAAUUGAAGGAUCUAUAAAAUUUUCUUGAUUUAAUCAUAACAGGGACUAUGUUGCUAGCUA